ACGCGGUCGUGAUUGUUGUGAAGAUGGCGGAGGGGGAGACUGAGAAGGAAUAUAAUACAAGAAUAGCGUUUCAGGAGCUUCGAGAACGGUUUGAGGGUUUGACCACUGCUCUAAAACAGAGUCCAGAUUCUCCACUGGAAGCCACGCUGCGUUUCUGCCAGGAGUUCUGCCAGGUUCUCGUGGAACAUGCUAGCCGCUGGCAAACAGAUGAGGAUCCAUUGCCUCAGCUACAGGUCUACACUACGGCCAUCCUCAACUUUGCUAAGGCCGUCUCCAAUCUUUCUCCCGAAUGUGAAAAUGUACCUCUCCUACUUGAAAAAUUAGCACAGAGUUGUGUGGAGCUGCUGCUCCUUCUGCCCCAGCAUGUCCCUGGUGCCUUAUGGGAGGAGUUCCAGUCCUCCAUCAAAAUGGCACACAACCUUUUACAAGAAAGUGGAAGCUCUCAACUCAGCCUACUGGCUGUUUUAGCACAGCAAGAAGGUGUUUGGUCCAACACUACUCUCUGCAGCAUAUUAGCCAAUGAAACUUCACAAACUGACAAAGUUCACAAAUAUCUGGAGUUUGAAGGUCCAAAGCUUCUGAUAAUGCGAAUAAAACACCUUAUCAAAAUGGACAGUGUUGAUAAAGCUGCUGCUUUGGCAAAGACUUGCUCAGAAUAUCCUGGAUUUGAAGGGAAGGGGAACUUCAAACAGAGUUACCUUCUGUGCAUCUGCGUGACAAAGAACCAGGAGCAGCUGAUGGAUGAGAUAGCAUCAAUAGACUGUAAAGAGGCUCUAGAGAUGAUCUGCAACUUGGAGUCAGAAGGAGAUGAGAAUGGAGCUUUGAGCAUAUGCUCAGCUUUUCUGAAGCGGCAACUUCUCCAGGGGGAUGUUUAUUGUGCCUGGGAACUUACACUUUUAUGGAGUAAACUACUAAUUCGUCGUGAAUCUUCUGCUGAUGGAUUUCUCAGUCGCUGUAAAGACAUGGCUCUUCUAUGUAGAAGUGUCUGUCACAUUCUAUUUCUUAUCAAAGUCAUCCAAAGUGAAAUUGGAGAGGUGGGACUGCCAGUGUGCGUAGAAAUGUGCAUUCAAGCCCUGAAAAUGUCAUCUAGUGACCACAAAGAAAGCAAAUCUACCAUCUGCAAAACCAUAUCAUGCCUUUUGCCCAAUGAUCUGGAGGUUAAACGUGCAUGCCAGCUCACCGAGUUCCUGAUUCAUCCUACAGUGGACACAUAUUAUGCUGUGGAGACAUCAUAUAAUGAGCCAGAUAAAAAACCUGAGGAGGACGAAGGUCAUCCAAUGCCCAAUUCUUUACGCUGUGAGUUACUGUUGGCCUUGAAGACUCAGUGGCCUUUUGAUCCAGAAUUCUGGGACUGGAAAACAUUAAAACGCAACUGUUUAGUGUUGAUGGGUGAUGAGGCAGCUAUAGUAUCGUCUAUUGAUACUCUGAAUGAUACUGAUGAGCAGGAAGUAGAAGGUGGACAUGGAAAGCACCCUGAAUACAAAGACCUGGAGGAUUUUAUGUUAACUACUACUAAUGAACUUAAUGAAAUAGCUGAUGAAAAAGAGAAAAAUAGAGAGGCUAAAAAGCUGAGAGAACAAGGUUUUGUGUCAGCUCGUUUCAGAAACUGGCGGGCCUACAUGCAGUAUUGUGUUCUGUGCGAUAAGGAAUUCUUAGGGCACCGAAUAGUCCGCCACGCUCAAAAGCAUUUUAAAGAUGGUAUGUUUUUAUGUCCCAUUUGCGCUACUAGUUAUGAAAGUAAGGAAGUGUUGGAGCCACAUGUAGCAUCUCAUGUAAAGCAGUCUUGCAAAGAGAGACUUGCAGCAAUGAAAGCCUCAAGAAAGUCAGCCAAUCCACAUCAGUCACCUUUACAAAAUACCACCAAUAACUUAAUCAAACCUGAGCUGGAGAGUCAGUUGGAAAACAAAGCUGUUAAUUUAGAACAAGCUCCAGCUGACCCUAGCCAAGACUGUUUCUGCCCUGUUACAAAUUGUGCCAAAGCAUUUAAAUUUUUCCGAAACCUCAUGGCUCAUGUUCGCUCUCACAAAGAUGAUGAAGAAGCCAUGCGCUUUUUAGAGAUACAAAAGCAGAAAGUAGUGUGUCAAUAUUGCAGGCGACAAUUUGUCAAUGUCCAGCAUUUAAAUGAUCACUUGCAGAUACAUUGUGGCACCAGACCAUACAUCUGCAUACAGUUAGAUUGCAAGGCCACUUUUAAUUCAAAUUCUGAACUCCUAAUGCAUAGAAAAGUCCAUCCUGAAUUCAAAGCCAAGUGCAUGUUCCCCAACUGUGGGCAAAUCUUUAGCGAAGCCUAUCUUUUGUAUGACCACGAAGCACAGCAUUAUCUAACUUAUACAUGCUCUACAGACAACUGUGGAAGAAUAUUCUAUUCACAGGAACAGUUCUUGUCUCAUCAACAGGUGCACAAUCCAUAUGCUCCAGCAAAUGUUACAACUGAAACCUCUUCAAAGACUCAACAGUCAAAUAGCUGCAAACAGGAAAAAGAAGAUACACUAUUGGCCAGAGGUUACCCAGAAAAAAGCAACUCAAACACCCCUACUGACCAGACUCAAGCCAGCACAACUCCUUGCACCACACCCGACUUUGUAAAAGAACCAGUUAAAGUAAAGCAUUCUAUUGAAAGCAUGCUAAAUCGUAUGGCAGAGACCGAAGGCACAGAACCAGAUAAGUGUAACACUCCUCUAACAAAUCCCACUCCAGUCUCACCUGAACUAAACGCUGUGCCUGAGAUCCACCAGGCUGAUUACAGAGCUGCAGAAGGUGGGAAUUUACCACCGCCAUAUCCUGGAGCAGUAAAUACCAUGGAUGUCCAACAAGGGGAAAUGUUAAAUAAUGAAUUCGACAAAACAAUCCCUCAAACAAUCGCUUUAGAUCAAAUCAAAACUGAAGUUCCAUAUUCCCUUCAAGAUUAUGUUCCCAGUACUCAUCCAAGUAACAGUGAUGAAAACUUGUACAGUUGCCCAUUUAGUGACUGUGGGAGGUCAUACAGCACAAACAAAAGUCUUUCUCGACAUGUCAAGAAACAGCACCCAGAAAUAUUUGAGGACUGGAAACUAGCUAAAAAAUAUAACAAAGUAGCUAAAAUUGCAUCUAAAAAGGCCCCGGUCCCAUCACUUUCACCAAAUCAUAGUCCAUUGGGAAAAAGGUCGGUUACACAGUCAGGAUUACAAUGCACCAAACCCGAAAUGCAACAUGGAGAUUACCAUCCAGGCUGCUCCUCAUCAUUUAACCAGUGUUAUUCAAACUCCAUGGAGCCAGUGCCUAUCACUCCAAUGGUAAACCCAUCUUUAUACCCGUCCUGGGGUAGCCACACUGGAAUGCAGCAAAAUAUGUCUCAGCCUUGGUCUUCACCUCCUAUGAAUAACUGCUACUCAGACCCUAUAAACCUGGGUGACUACCCCACCCGCAGCUACUCUCAUUGGCAGCAGGACCUUUAUCCAACAACAUCUGAAAAGGAUUCAGCUGCAACAGUGCAAGACAGCACUGUAUCACACAGCCCUUGUGAUUCCAGUUUGAUGUCACAGUAUUUGUCCAGUUCUUUAAUGCUAGACAAUGGGGGGCAAAUGCACAAUGGAGCACAUCAGUAUGGGCUUGUGUGCCCUGAAAGCAGUGUUAGUGGAACAAGUGGAGAUGUUGGGAAAAGCAGCACAGAGAUGAACGAGAACAGUAUUUCAACAGCUGACACUCUAAAUGAUGGAAGUUAUCAAACUUCACACACUCCAAACUCUUGUCUUACUCAGAGCUCCUCUGGCGAUGUGCCUGCAAAACCCACAAGUCCAAAUGCUGACAAAACUAUACAACCAGAAGUGGAGAAAACAGACAAGUCUUCACAUCCUCUAUGUGAACAGUUAGAAAAUUCUGUAGAUGGAAUGAGUCCAAAGAGCAGCCACCACACAGAUGAUGAGUGCCCUGACGAUGACUGUGAGACCUCAGAUGAAAACAACAAAGGCCCAGAUGACCAAGAAAAAUCCAAUGACUGGAGUAAAAGAAGCAAGUUGCCAGCCAUCUUUAAAGAUGGAAAAGUCAUAUGUAAGAGAUGUUUUAGAGAGUUCACAAGCACCAAGUCUCUUGGCUGUCACCUAUCUAAACAUUCUGAGUGCAGGCCCUUAGAUGAGAUAGACCUUACAGCAGACCUUCCAACAUCUUUUCUGGAUUUUCUCAAUGAUCCUCUUGUCCCUGACACAAACGGAGUGGUGUGCAGUAUGUCAAAUGGGAAUUUCUCACAGGAAUCAUGUAACUUUGCCACUUUGUCCCCUAUGACACUAAAACAAGAACCGCUCAACACAUACGGCACCGAAUAUUCUAGAAACCAAGAAAACUUAAUUGAACUUUCAAAUUCCUUCCAUAAAACUGAGUCUGUGCAACAGAAAACGGGAACUAAUUUUAACCUUGAACAAACAGUACUUGGAGAUCCAACCUCUCACACUAGAAAAACUCAGGGCAAAUCACUAGAGAAGAGGUUGAAACCAUUUAAAUGUGACCAGGAAGAGUGUGAAUAUGCAUUUAUGACAAAGGAGGCUUUGUUUAAACAUUUAUCUAAAAUGCAUGAUUAUACUCAAGAGAUGAUUGAAGAAUUAAAAAGAACACCAUCCAAAUUGUCCCCAUAUCCAUGUCAGAUCUGCAACAAAACCUUUACCCGAACAACUGGUUUGAGAAUUCAUUAUGAAAAAGUCCAUCGGCUCUCUCGCGAAGAAAUGCAGAGGUUAAAGAUAAGUGCACGAAAUAGACGGGCAUUCAAACUUAACAAGAAUGAUGGUGCUAUUAGCUGCAGUACUCCAAGUAUUAGUACCAGUCAAAAAAUAACACCCAACAAUGCAGUAAUAGCUGUUAAACCAGAGCUGUUGGACAUUGCUAUUGGAUCUGCAACAGAUGAAGAACCUGCUGCAGACAUAUUUACUGGACAAAGAGAUGGGAGGAAAGUAGCACCUGAGGCAUCAACUGUUACUCAGCUACCGUCACCUCCAAAUUAUUUCAAUGAUUUGACUGUUCCAAUUGUCCCUCUUGAUGAGCCCGAAACUGCAGUUAUAACAACUCCUGAUAGUGAAUCCACAGUGAGCACAAUGAAGAGUCCAGGUGGGACAAAAGAAAAGAAGAGGCAGUCAGACUGGUCACUUUACAACAUAAAAGAGAAUAUAACUAAUGCUGGGUAUAGCUCUCCAGAGAAACCAAGCAGCUCAAAAAAUAUACAGAACAAUUGUGAAACUUCUAAAAAGGAAACUGUGCAGAAGAAGUUGGGACCUAAAAUGUAUGAACUUGAUGUGUACAGCCCAUACAGACCAUAUCGCUGUGUUCAUGAGGGAUGCACUGCUGCAUUUACCAUCCAGCAAAAUUUAAUACUCCACUACAGGGCUAUGCAUCAGGAGUCUUUGAAUCUAUGUAACACUGAAGCUGAAGGGGAGGCUGACAAUUAUACAGACAGUAUUGAGAAAGAGACUGAAGUAAGGUGCCAAGUUAAGAACUGUUCCAGGGUUUUUGAAGGAAUAACAACAUUAGUGCAACAUUAUCUUUUACUCCACAAGUUUAGCCGUGAUAAAGCAACAUCCAUGAUGGCAAGCAUGAAUAUUGGAACAUUCAACUGUGACCGUCCCGAGUGUGCUCUCCCCUUUGAUUCAGUGGAAGGAUAUAUAGAGCACAUCAAGAAUUUUCACAAAGAAAUUGCAAUCUCUGAAAGCGGUUCAGUGGAUAUAACAUUCAAGUGUGAGUAUGAAGGAUGUGACCGUGUGUACAGUACAAAAUCAAAUCUGCUCCGCCACCUGAUUAAAAAGCAUGACUUUGUGUAUGACCCUAAAAUUAAUGAUGGGCGAAGGACCAAGUCAGUGGGAUUGAUCCCUGCAUCGUGUAAUGAAAAGGAGAAUGUGGAAAAAACAUCAAAAGCAAAGACAAAAAACAUCGUUAAAAGCAAGGAGGGGAAGUUACCUGUACAGUGGACAAGUUUUGAAAACAUGAACUUGAAAUCAAAAGAAGAAGCAUCAGCCAUGUGCAUCAAGAAUUUUGUUGUGCAGUAUCCAUGCAUGAUAGUAGGUUGUGACGCUACAACGCGAGCUGAAAGAGAUAUUCACAGACAUUACACACUCCAUGGUCUUGCAGAAAAAACGAUUGAAGAACAUCGGGGACAGCUCAUCUUCUGCAGAAAAUACAUUCGUACAUUACCUAAAGACACGAUCAAAUGCGAAGGUCCGUCAGGUUCAUCUGAAGAGUCUGAUCAUAAAAAUGGAGAAAAUCACUUUGAAGAGAAGCCAGUUGAGUGUAUGGACAGUCAAAGCCAAGAGGAUGCAAACGUAAAAGAUAAUCUUGCUGAAAUUCCAUCUUCCACUGGGACCAAAGUUAAAAGAGGACGUCCCAAAAAAACAUCGCAAACAAUGCCAAUGUUUCCACAGAGGAUGCGAACACUAAGAAAUCGCACUACUGUACACAAUUGGAGAGAACGCUUACAGCCCGGACUUGAGGGCACAUUUCUUAAGUUCUUGAAAACCUCAGACACAGCUCAAGCUUCCAAACGCAAAUUAAAUGAUGGAUCUAACUGUGAUAUUCCUUCUAAAAGACAACCAACACAAAAACACAAAUCUGCCAUCAAAUUGAAAAUGAAAUAUAAAUUAGCUCAUCGAGGAAAAGACUGCAACAUCUUAGUUGACUUCAGAAAUCCAGUAAAACUUAAGUUAGUAAACAAUGUAAAAAUCGUUCUGGAUAACACAUUUUCAAACAGUGCAGAUGUAUUGUUAAAGCAGCUACAAGAAAUGAAGCCCUUGGUUGUUAUUAAGAAGUUGAUCUCUAGUUGGUCAUAAGAAAAAAGGCCUACAAUACAAUUUCUCUCAGGACUUCAGAUGUAUGCUGCAGAAUCGAUGUUUAAGAUUUGCUCUCAUUCUCAUAAUUAACAACAAAAUGGCCUUCUUUGUACUUAAGAUGUGUUGAAAUUGUUUUAUGUAUGUAUCUUAGCUAAAAUAACCAGGUAAUCUCUAUAGGGCAUAGACUUAGAUCACUUUGUAUUUAUGCUUAGAAUAAAACGAUUUUCUUUUCUUUUUUGCUAAAUGGAGAUUUUUAAGACAAGUAUGUUUUAUACAUCCCUAUGGGAUUUGACUUUUGUUUGUAUUUAUUUCAUUAAUUCUCAACACUAGUAGACCGAUCUGUAAUAUUUACACGUCUUCCACAAAGUGUUCAAUAAAAUGUCACUGUCUUUUUUAACUCACUGU